ACGCCAUCAUUUGAAAGCAAUGAGGUAUUUUAAGAACGGUUUGUAUAAUGAAGUCAGUUAAAAUGGCGUCUCAUGGAAACAUAACACAUGCAGUUUGAGCUACUCCAGACUGUGAUAUGGACUUGUGAGGAAUGAGAUGGCAAAACCUUAUGGAUGUCUUGUUGCAUUACAAAAGCACCGAUGGCGGCUUGAAAAUCUUAGUGGACAAAACAGAAAAGGCCUUGGAGGACUUCCCCUGUCGUGUUUUGCCUAUAUUUACACCAUGGUUCCCACCUGAAAGUGACAAAUUGCUGCCAAUUAGACCCUUAAAGUCACCGCCGGGAAUUUCUCUGGAAGAUUUGGAAAAUAUCCAAACACAUCUGCAGUCUGCUGAGCCAUUACUAACCUCCCAUCCCUGUGCCGAAAGCAUUCAGAACUUGGCUCUAACCAGUUUGGGGAGAUCCACCUUGCAUGUACAGGCAUGCUCUGAGAUUGGAACGUCAGCACAGCAUAAAGAUACUCUCCAUAGUGAGAGGGAAGUGAGAAGAACAUGGAGUGUUUUUUCACAGAGAGGUUUAUACAUUCACAACACUCAAACAUUCUCCAAACAAUUCCACAAGGUUGUUUGGAGGCACGGACUUCACAUGCGCCAGAGAGCAAAAUGGGUUAUUGACAAACUGAACUUUGUCACUGGAGACAUAGAACAUACAUGGAGAGGACUGAACCGGGCCAUCAGGAACUCCAUGCUUCCAACUUGCAAUGCCAACAUUCAGAGGGAUCUGACACAAAUCUGUGUGUUCUGCGAUGUAUUAUACUGUGAAUAUGUUGGAAAUUAUUUAAAGGAAGAAUUUCAAGUCACUGGACAUAUCACUUUAUUUGUUCAUAGACUUGGAGACAUUUUCACUUUAUAGAAAUUAGUGAUUGUCAGAAUUUGAUCCGUGUGUCACUGCCAUCUAUUUUGUUUACUGUAGUAGGCAGGUUUUCAUUGACCUAGGUGUAUUCGAUUUUUAAAGCAAUGUCGCAAAAAAAAUUCUGAGAUGUGUAAUGGAAAYGGCAGAUAGAGGAGACAUUUUAUAAAGAUCUACAACAUUUUUCUCCAUUUGACAGGGGUGGAUUAUUCUUCUGUCGAACUUUUGUUAUUGCGGCAAAUGAUGCUGGAAACUGUUUUUCGAAUAAAUGAUGAUUGCUAAAUCA